UGGUCCUGAAGUCCAUUUGUCUGACAGCCCGUGAAGGCAGCAGAGUCACAUGGUGUUGCCUGUCUCAACAUGGCGGAUGAUGGAGAGUCUCUGGAGUCCUGGCUCAACAAAGCCACCAACCCGUCCAACAGGCAGGAGGACUGGGAGUUCAUCAUGGGAUUCUGUGACCAGAUCAACAAGGAGCUGGAAGGCCCGCAGAUCUCCGUCAGGCUGCUGGUGCACAAGAUCCAGUCGCCUCAGGAGUGGGAGGCGAUGCAGGCGUUGACGGUUCUCGAGGCUUGCAUGAAGAACUGCGGGCGGCGGUUUCACAGCGAAGUCGGGAAGUUUCGUUUUUUAAACGAGUUAAUCAAGGUGGUGUCGCCCAAAUAUCUCGGAGACAAAGUGUCGGAGAGAGUGAAGACGAAAGUGAUCGAGAUGCUGUACAGCUGGACUCUGUCUCUGCCGGACGAAGCAAAGAUCCACGAAGCGUAUCGGAUGCUGAAGUCACAGGGUAUCGUGUUAGUCGACCCAGAAAUCCCGCUCGACGCCACGUUAAUACCGUCACCGUCCCCGCGACCAAAGAAUCCUGUGUUUGACGAUGAGAAGAAGAGCAAGAGAUUAUCGGAGCUGCUGAAGAGCAAAAAGCCUGAAGAUCUGCAAGAGGCCAACCGGCUCAUCAAAAACAUGGUGAAGGAGGACGAGCUCAGAACACAGAAGGUGAAGAAGCAGAAAAGCACGCUGGAGGCGGUCGACAACAGCGUCAAGCUCCUUAACGAGAUGCUCGCGCACUUCAGCCCAGAAGACUCCACGGACGGAGACAAAGAGCUCAUUAGGGAGCUCUACGCCGAUUGUGACAAGCUCAGACAGACUGUGUUUCAGCUGGCGACUGAGACCGAGGACAACGACAGCAGCUUGGGAGACAUCCUGCAGGCCAGCGAUGACCUCUCCCACGUCAUUACUUCCUAUAAGAAGAUUGUGGAAGGACAGACCAUCAAUGGGGAGACUGCAGAAGCACAACAAACAGUCAGACAAGGCCGCACGAACCACUCAGAGGUUCUGAUUGACCUGGUGGGUCUGGACGUCCAGAGCGUCUCUCCACCUCAGCAGCCGUCAUCGUCUCUUCCUGCUGACCUGCUGUGUGGCUCUGCUGGCCCUGACGCUCAGUCGCCCAGCUCCGCCGCUCCGUCUGCGGCGCUCUCUCUGCUGGACGAAGAGCUGCUGUCUUUAGGCCUCAACGAAGCUGCUCCUGUUCUGACUAACUCAGCACACCUGAGCAACCAUGUGCCGUCUUCACAGGACUCCAGUCAAAAUUUGGAUCUCUUCACGUCUUCAUCUUUGCCUCCUGCGUUCUCCACAUCGCUCUUUCCAGUUAACCCGGUGAACUCUGCCAUGAGCUUCCCCGGUCCCGUGUUCUCCACAUCAUCGGCCACGUUCCCGCUGAUCACCACGUACCCAACCGCCGCCGCCUCACCUGCUCCCUCAGCCACCCCCGUCCCUCCACCACAGGCCUCCACUUCACCCACUUCAGCUUCGCUCAGUCACAAUCUGCAGGACCUGGCCUUGCUGGAUCUGGGCAGUCCUAAAAGUACACCCGCUGUGAUGGACUUCCUGGUCAAGAACGAGGAUCUGCUCGCUCCUUCCGCCCCGUCUUCCAGCCUCGGCGUCACCUCCACCACCUCCACCUCGCUCCUCUUCACGCCUGGCAACAGCCAGGCAGACGACAGCCCUCUGUUACGCUCUCUGUCCCCCGUCCUCCCUCUGAACCAGCCCAGUCCAGGCAGGGGACAAGAGGCGUCCCUGGCCAACGUCUUUGUCCCUUUGGACGCCAUCAAGCCAAGUCAAGUGUGUCCUGUGACCGCCUACGACAAAAACGGGGUGCGUGUUCUGCUGCAUUUCGCCACAGACUGUCCGGCAGGCAGACCUGAUGUCCUGGUGAUCGUGGUGUCCAUGCUGAACACGGCCCCCCUGCCUGUCAGGGACAUUUUCCUGCAGGUCGCUGUGCCCAAGAUGAUGAAAGUGAGACUGCAGUCACCCUCAGGGACAGAGCUGGCUCCUUUUAACCCAAUGCUUCCCCCUGCUGCCGUCACUCAAGUCAUGCUGCUCGCCAACCCUCUAAAGGAAAAGGUUCGGAUGAAAUACAAACUGACGUUCACGCUGGGAGAGCAGGCGCACUCUGAAGUGGGGGAGGUGAAUGAUUUCCCGCCCGCUGACAGAUGGGGGGCUCUAUAGCCGGACGCAUCAGAGACGAGACUUCUUUUAACGAUUUGAGUUGGUCAGCGCAGCUCAGAGGUCGACAGGAAGGGGCAGUAUUUAAAGAAUAACACACAAACUUCUUGAAGGAGUUCAGCCUGAAGUAGCCGCAGAUGUAGCAGCAGUACAUCAAACCUGAAGUGCAGAGGCAGAGCUAGUCCGUGUGGUGCAGCGUGUUUGAACGUGAGCAGAUCUUUGCUAAAGUUAGUUAUCAUUAAGUUAUUCUACUGUUGUCGCCUUCUGCUCUGAUUUGAAUGUUCAUAUUUACUCCAGUCUUCUUAACACACGACAGAAACUCACGCUGAGUGAGAUCGUGACGUCGUAUGAACAUUAGACCACGCGUGUGCUGACCGACCACAGCUCCUCUGUCGCCUCACAGGACGGUUAACUACUGAACACUGACGAACACUCAGACUCUCGUUACACUUUUUAGUUUUUCAGUAUUUAUUCUCAUGAAUGUAUUAUUUAUUUUGGUUUGGGGAGGAAGUGUCACACGUGUUCGCUUCCUGUAUUUACAGCUGUAUUCCUUCUGCGUGCUCCUCUCAUGACAGGACACUUUCAGUAUUGCAAUAAGAACACACACACACACACACACACACACACACAGUCUCGGCCCCUCUGAGAGGCUUCAACGUUACAAAAUAUUGAGACAGACGUUUGAUAAAAUGUUACAUUACGUAGCAAAGAGGUGGAUUCAUGUGAGUCGCAUAUAAAAUAUCUAAAUCUGCAGGCAACAUGAACGAUUAAAACUGAAGUGUUGACACUUUGUUGGAAGCUGAAACUUGUGUGAGACUCCGUUAUCAAACUAUGACGAGAAAAUCUAUCAGAAGUAAAAAAAACUUGGUGAUGAAUUUGAAGCAUUAAGUUUAACGUGUCUGUAGAUAAACGGGGAUGGGAUGUUCGUGCUCUGGAGAAGAUUCUCUACAUAUUUCUUAUCAAAUUAUUUAUUUGUCUGUAGAUCGUUUCAAAUAAACUUGUCACUGCAUAUUUUUCUGAAGAGCUAUUUCUGUGCAUGGAGGAAAAAAAUAAUAAAGAAUGAGAGUGAUGUA